GUCCAGCGGGCCGGCCGGCCGGGGUCAGCGCGGUGGCGGUGGCGGGGCCGGGCUCGGCGAGAGCGCGGGCUGCGCGCGAGGGCGAAGACAGGGACUAGGAGGAAGUGGCGGCGGCGGCGGCGGCGGGACUGCGCGCCCGGAGCCCCGUUCCGCGUCCCCGCCGCCGGGAGGAGGUGCCCGCACGCUCACGGCGCGCGCCGUGCCGCCAGACUCGGCCUGUGGGCGAUUUCCUCCGGACCCGAGCUCCCCGCCCGAAGAGGAAGAUGCAGACCUUUCUGAAAGGGAAGAGAGUUGGCUACUGGCUGAGCGAGAAGAAAAUCAAGAAGCUGAAUUUCCAGGCCUUCGCCGAGCUGUGCAGGAAGCGAGGGAUAGAAGUCGUGCAGUUGAACCUUAACCGGCCGAUUGAGGAGCAAGGCCCCCUGGACGUCAUCAUCCACAAGCUGACCGAUGUCAUCCUUGAAGCCGACCAGAACGACAGCCAGUCCCUGGAGCUGGUGCAUAGGUUCCAGGAGUACAUCGAUGCCCACCCCGAGACCAUUGUCCUGGACCCCCUUCCUGCCAUCAGGACCCUGCUCGACCGUUCCAAGUCCUAUGAGCUCAUCCGGAAGAUCGAGGCCUACAUGAAAGAUGACAGGAUCUGCUCACCGCCCUUCAUGGAGCUCACGAGCCUGUGCGGGGACGACACCAUGCAGCUCCUGGAGAAGAAUGGCCUGGCUUUCCCGUUCAUUUGUAAAACCAGAGUGGCUCAUGGCACCAACUCUCACGAGAUGGCCAUUGUGUUCAACCAGGAGGGCCUGAACGCCAUCCAGCCACCCUGCGUGAUCCAGAAUUUCAUCAACCACAACGCCGUCCUGUACAAGGUGUUUGUGGUUGGCGAGUCCUACACUGUGGUCCAGAGGCCCUCGCUGAAGAACUUCUCUGCGGGCACAUCAGACCGUGAAUCCAUCUUCUUCAACAGCCACAACGUGUCGAAGCCAGAGUCGUCAUCAGUCCUGACCGCGCUGGACAAGAUCGAGGGUGUGUUUGAGCGGCCGAGUGACGAGGUCAUCCGGGAGCUGUCCCGGGCCCUGCGGCAGGCUCUGGGUGUGUCACUUUUUGGGAUCGACAUCAUCAUCAACAACCAGACCGGGCAGCACGCCGUCAUCGACAUCAACGCCUUCCCAGGCUACGAGGGCGUGAGCGAGUUCUUCACAGACCUCCUGAACCACAUCGCCUCCGUGCUGCAGGGCCAGAGCGCCGCCAUGGCAGCCUCGGGGGACAUGGCCCCGCUGAGGCACAGCAGGCUCCUGGCAGAGCAGGCGGACGGCCUGGCGGGCGAGCGGACGUGCAGCGCCAGCCCCGGCUGCUGCAGCAGCAUGAUGGGCCAGGAGCCGCCCUGGACGGCCGAGGCUGAUGUGGGCGCGGGCAGCACCGCCAAGCUGCCGCACCAGAGACUCGGUUGCACGGCCACCGUGUCGCCCAGCUUCCAGCAGCAUUGUGUGGCCUCGCUGGCCACCAAGGCCUCCUCCCAGUAGCCACGGAGCCCGGGACCCAGAGGGGUGGAGCGGGCUGCACAGCACACCUGCUGGGUGAGCAGUUCCCAACAGUGACGCUACUACUAAGAAUUCCCAACAAUCUGAUUCUUUUUCUUCUUUUUUUUUUUUUAAUUUUUAACCUGAUUUUCUGAUGUCAUGAUCUAAAUGAGGGGUGGGGGGAAGAUGGAAAAAAAACCCAAGUGGUCCAGCCUCACGGAAAAGGGACAAUCCCGCCUGAUUCCUGCUGUGCAGACCUCUUCACUGAGUUUACACAUGCUUGUGUUUUCAACACUAGGUCUGAAUGUGAGGUGGGGUGUGUGUGCCUCUGUGUGUGUGUGUGUGUGUGUGUGUGUGUGUGUGUGUGUGAGUGCGUGUGUGCGUCCACGUCUAUUCUUCUCAAUGGCUGCUGUGGACCAGGCCUUGGGGACCCUGGAGGAGGCCAUCCCUGGUCAGGCUGUUGGUGGCUGAACAGAGCGAGUGAACGGCUCCCCGUCUCUCUCUUCUCUUCAAGCCCCCAUGCCCAGGCACGGCCCCUUUGCCAUUUCCCUUCCUGUUGGGAAGAUUUGUGAGGAGCAGGGCCUGCAGCCCCACCGGAUGUGCAGCUGCCUCUCCCGAAAGGGUGAGCCAGAGGAGGCAAGAGGCCGCAGCUACCGUUUCCUUGGGGGGUUCCAUGCAGGGGGUCUGGGCUGUGGUCCACCUGCCUCCUGCUCACAAAGGUGAAGGAGGAGGAAGCUUCCUUGGGAAGGCCAUGACCCUGGAUUGGCUGCCUCGCUCCACGUCCAGCUCGCUGUGUCCACGAGGCCCGUCAACACCUGUCCCAUGCAGCCCUGUAGAGCAGCCUCCCUCCCUGACCAAGCACUGCUGCUCCCGGCCCUGGGAGGAGGCUGCCUGGUUGGGCGCCUCUGGGCUGAUCCUACCUGUGCCAAGGAUUUGUGCUGUGACUUUGGGCGAAUCAUUUCAGGAGUCGCUGGGCAGUCGAGACCAGAGAACUCAAGGGCAGGCUUGACUCCCUUCCCCCUGCAAUGCAGCCUAUUUCUCUGUGAAGUCAACCCAGACGAGCCUCCCUUGGCAUCGAGGUGACUCGGGGCCCUCUUCCCAGGCAGGAGGAGGCUGCCCAUCUCUCCACUCCAGCUUACCUGCCCAGUCCCCUGCUGCAGCGGCCCAGUCCUCCCCUCUCGUGUUCACUGCCAGCCCCAAGCACGAAGCCAGCCAGGUGCCAGGGGGCUGCAGCCCCAGAAGUGAGGAGCCACGUUACCCCUCCCCCAUUAGGGUCACCCCAGCCCCUGAUGGCAGCAGAUGGGACACUGUUGAUCGGUCAGAUCCCAUGGUCCAGGUGGGCCAACAGCCCCCUUUGCAGAGGAGGGGGCGGGUGAGGGGUUUUGUCAAUCCUGGACAGUGAACACCAGGCGAGAUGCAUAGGACCCCCUGAGUGUGAUCUUGUAUCUUGAGCUAUCCGUUAACUUUGAGAAAGAGGAAUAGGCCUCUGGGCUGUCCUAUGUGGCCCAGGGAGGAUGGACCGAGGGGCUGCUGACUGGGUGCUCGGAGGCACCUUCAGACCUGGUCAGCAGGGACAUGGGGUCGCCCACCUUUGGGAAAGGAAGGGCUAGGGUGGGGGCAGACACCGUCAGAGCUGUCCUAGAAACCAAGGGCCUGCCGACCACCAUGUUUACAUGACUUGAGUGUUGAACCCUGAUUAUAACGUCUGUAUGUCGCCUUUCCUAGUCUAACCCCGAGCCCCGGGGAAGCAGGAAAGCGUGGCCGGCCUCUUGCACUGCUUUGUCUCCAAAAUAAACUACUGAAAUCAAACUGCA